AUGCGGCUGGGCAGGGCUUGUCCCCGGGGGCCGGGGAAAGUGCGAAGCCCACUCCACCGGUUCUCAUACACGCUAUUUGUCUCGACAACAGGUAGCAGCUGCGGACACCAUGGACCCCAGCUCGCCGCCGCUUCGAGCCCCUCGCUAUUUCCGGGCCUUCAUGAGCAGCCUCCUCAGGUCUCCCACACCCGUCGUUUGAACGGACUCCUGCGUCUGGGGCUCCCUGGAGACAUGUAUGCGAGGUCGGAACCCUUUGCACCGGGGCCUACGGCCCGCAGCGACACUUUGGCAACAGCCACAGCCCUGCAUGGCUAUGGUGGCAUGAACCUGACCGUGAACCUCGCCGCACCCCAUGGCCCUGGAGCCUUUUUCCGCUAUAUGCGUCAGCCCAUCAAGCAGGAGCUCAUCUGCAAGUGGCUAGGCGAAGACGGCCCAGCAUCCCCGCGCCCCUGCUCCAAAACUUUCAGCACCAUGCACGAGCUGGUCACGCACGUCACCGUGGAGCACGUCGGUGGCCCAGAGCAGGCUAACCACAUUUGCUUCUGGGAGGAGUGUCCGCGACAGGGCAAGCCCUUCAAAGCCAAAUACAAACUUGUAAAUCACAUCCGCGUGCACACGGGCGAGAAGCCCUUCCCUUGUCCUUUCCCAGGGUGUGGGAAAGUCUUUGCUAGAUCAGAAAAUCUCAAAAUACACAAACGAACACAUACAGGCGAGAAGCCCUUCAGAUGUGAGUUCGAGGGCUGUGAACGGCGUUUCGCCAACAGCAGCGACCGCAAGAAGCAUUCGCACGUACAUACCAGCGACAAGCCUUAUAUGUGCAAGGUGCGCGGGUGUGACAAGUGCUACACGCACCCCAGCUCUCUGCGAAAGCACAUGAAAGUUCAUGGUCGCUCGCCGCCACCCAGCUCUGGCUACAACUCCGCAAUACCGUCUGCUCUCACGUCUCCCUCGUUAGAAAGCGGCCGUGAGCCCCCGAUAGCCUGCACAGCGGCGGUGGCGGUGCGUGGCACAGAUGUGAGCGAAUGGUACGUGUGUUCGGGCUCCUGGCUCGGUGGAGGCUGA